GUUAUCCCGUGGUCCCCUAUCACAACUCGAUUGUGCUUAUCAGGCGUUACUUUUUCUUCUCCUUGUUUCCCAUUAACGCCGUCAAAGUUAACGGUUUCCGUCACCGUUUAUUUGCCUCAAAAUCUCAAGAGGUCUCUCUUUUCUUUCCCCUUCUCUCUGUCCUCUUUCUCUCUCUAAGCAUGGAGUGAUUCAAAGCUAAAUCUUUCUAAAGUCGAAUUGGGUGUCAACACUGAGGAAUUAAUAGUGCACAUAAGGGUAAAGAGAUGGGGGAAGACUUGAUUACAAGCUUGUCAAUAGAGAAUUAUAACUUAUCUACAUUCUUGUCAAUGGACUCAAUUGCUACCCCUCAUGAGGAAUCAGAUAGAAAUAGGAAGAUUGUGCUAUCGAGCCCACCGGAUAUUAAUCUCCCUUUAUAUGUGGAACGUAGCCACGAUAUGUUUGAUAUGUUGGAGGUUGGACUUGGACAUCAAAUUAAUGAAUGUGAUGUGCAUGUUGAUUUGCCUAAAGUUGGAGGUAAAUGUGCUAAGAGAUCGGAUAGUGUUUGGGGUGCUUGGUUCUUUUUCACUUUCUACUUCAAGCCUGUUUUGAAGGAGAAAUCUAAGUGCAAAAUUGUUCAAGAUCGUAGUAAGGGGGUGUCUGGAUUUGAUAAGUCUGAUCUCCAACUUGAUGUGUUUUUGGUUCAAAAUGACAUGGAGAAUAUGUACAUGUGGGUUUUCAAGGAGAGGUCUGAAAAUGCGCUGGGUAAGAUGCAGUUGAGGAAUUAUAUGAAUGGCUAUUCUAAAAAGGGCGAGCGUCCAUUUCCGUUUAGCGCUGACAAGGGGUUCAUGCGUUCUCAUAAAAUGCAGGGCAAACAUUAUAGAGGCCUCUCUAAUCCCCAGUGUUUGCAUGGAAUUGAGCUUGUUCCAUUUCCCAAUUUAUCAUCUAUUGAUGAGGAAGACCAGAAGAAAUGGAUGGAACUUACUGGUAGGGAUCUCAAUUUUUCAAUCCCACCCGAAGCCAGAGACUUCAGUUCAUGGCAGAACCUUCCCAACACAGAUUUUGAGCUUCAAAGACCGAUCCAUUCAAAAAAGUUACUUAAUGGUGCUGGUCUUAACUUGUCAACUCAACCAUCAAACCAUGUGAACAACAAUGGUUUAGAGCUCUCAUCUGAUUGUGGUAAGAAAAGGAAAGACUUAUUUACUCAUGGAAGUGAUGAAGAUUGUUCCUUGUCAAUUAACCCCAGUUUAAACACACAUCAAGAUGGAGAACCACGCACUAUCGAACCACCUUGGAUGAAUGAGUUUUCGGGGGUAAUGAAGAACGUGUAUGGGCCAGUUGCUGCUGCAAAAACUCUAUACGAGGACUCAGAAGGAUACGUGAUUAUGAUCACCCUACCUUUCGUCGAUCGUGAAAAGGUGAAAGUUCAUUGGUGGAACAAUAUCGAUCAUGGCAUUAUAAAAAUAACAUCUGUGAGCACGGCAUGCCCCCCAAUCAUGUUGAGGAAUGGUAGAACGUUCAAGCUAACUGAUCCAUUUCCAGAGUUCUGUCCUUGCGGUGAAUUCACAAGGGAAAUUUCACUUCCAACUCGAGUACCCGAUGAUGCAAAACUAGAAGCAUAUUUUGACCAGAGCGGAACAGUGCUAGAAUUAAAAGUUCCCAAAAAAAAUGCCACAACUCCAGAAGUGCAUGAAGUUCCUGUUUGCCUUCGACCUCCAAAUGAGUUUGCGUUGUCGUGAGAUAGGUAUAAGGCAGCCCAGAUAGUUAAUUUCCGUUCUUUUAAAGUUAAGUUUUUAGUGGGAAAUUCAAUCUCUGUUGAAUUGGUAGGCUUUUUUUUGUUUUACUCAACUAAUUGUGUUGGUUUUGCGUCUGUCAUUUUGGGAGCUCUACAUUAUAGCUUUUUAGUCUAAAGGGGAUGUGCUUUUGGCCAGCAGUUAGAAUCCUGUAACGUCAGUCUGACUUUAGAUCAACUAAUCAGCUAAGGCCCUCAUAUCAGAUGAUACCAACUUAUGUGGAUCCUUUGCUGCUACUCUAUUAAGACUGUCCUAUAGCACUGUUGAGUCGCCUAUGAUGUGAUGCAGAGCGAGCAUGUUACUAAUGUAAGUGGACAUAUAUGUAGCCCAUUUUUAAUGAAUCAAGUCUAUAGGAAAAAGAAAUGCAUAUCUUUUGUGGUCUGAAUUACAAUGAGCCAUUAUGUUCUGUAGCACUGCUAAAUAUGUUAUCAGUGCAAGUGGAUACAAAUGUAAAAUGAAUCAGAAUUGAAUACCAGCUUAUUUCAGAAGGGCCAAUUUCUUUUUGCUUU